CGGCAAUACCAAAAUUUUUCUUUGCCAUAUAUUUUACGAUUUCUUCGUAGGCAGCUGAUCUCAUUGCCCUACUUCUAUAAUUAGGACUGCUGAUAUUCCAUAUACAUUCGUAAUCUUUGUACACUGCCACUAAUUUCAUAGUUUCAUGUUCCGUCCACUUCAUUUUUGUUUAAACGUAGUAAGCAAAAUUUGAGAUAAAAUGUUUAACUAAAAUGACUGAAGCGCACAAGCAGUCCGAAAAACACAGACAAAACCAAACUUGUGUUUGUUUACAUUGGUAUAGUCAACGAACAAACCAGUAGAGUAGAGUACGAUUGUGGAAGUGGGGGGUGGAUAGUCGAGUGUACUAUUCCACACGUGCUAUCCACUUUACUCUCCCCUGGACUAUCUGUAGUACUCUACUGUCACUAGCACAACUUGUUUACAUUAUUCUAGUAGGGGAAUAAUAAGUACUCUACCAUCGAACUCUACUACUAAUUAUACCAAUGUAAACCUAUCUUAAAGACUACUAUUCUGUAGUUUUAAUGGCAGUUGCGGAUUCGAAAUACCGAUUUGUAUUUGUAAACGUUGGAAGCUAUGGUAAAGACUGUGACUCGUCAAUAUUCAAAAGAUCCAGUCUAUGGCAAUCCAUAGAAUCCAACACACAACCACUACCGGAAGACAAGUGUCUACCAGGAGUCCCAAACUUCCAUACUUCUUCGUAGGGGAUGAGGCAUUUGGACUAAUUCGCCAUUUAUUACGACCUUUUGGGGGAACACAUUUAACACCUGAGAAAAGAAUUUUUAAUUAUCGCUUGUGCCGAGCUCGACGGUACGUCGAAUGCGCUUUCGGUAUCCUCAGCAAUAAAUGGCGAAUCUUUCACAGACCUCUUAAUGUAGAGCCAGAUUUUGCAGUGACUAUUAUCAAAGCUUGCACUGUGUUACAUAAUUUUGUACGCGACAGAGAUGGUUUUUUGGUGGAGGAUAUUACUACAAUAACAGGUUUGAAAGAUCUACCACGAGAACAUGCAAUACGAGGGGGUACUUAUAUCCGCAAAUAAUGUAAGGAACAUAUUGUGUACAUAUUUUGUAUCAAAUAUUGGAAGCGUACCGUGGAAAAUGUCAAAAAUAUAAGUACAUAAUGACUCUUCAUCUGAUAGCAGUUCGUGAAAUUAUUCCCAAGAAAAACAAUAAAUAAAUACAUAACUAAUCAAUAUAUAGUAUGUAAGUACGAGUACGUUUAGUUAUUUUUGUUACCCAAGUUGAGAUCCCUAAUCAGCGUCGAUUAUUUCAUAAUUUAAUUCUUAAUCACAAAUAAAAUUAAAUCGCUACGCUUACCAAAUGCAUUUUUUCUGUAUCUCCAAGCUCAUCAAAAUCUGAUUUUAUUUCCAGGAGAAUCUCACGCCAGGCAUUCCUUGUUACAUUCCUGUCUUUAUAAAUAUCGAGGGUUUUAUCCCAUAGCACAGGUCUAGCUUCGACCAGUGAAAUCAGAAAUUCACCGUCAAUAUUUUCAGCCAUUUCGCUAAUAAACUAAUUGCGUGCCACUGGAUCCACCCUAUACGACAGGUAUAAACGACUACAAUUCGUUAUGUGUGAAAGCAUUCAUUUGAUGCCGUUUACCACUGUUAUCACGACACGACACGACCGUCGUCUAUUGCAGUGGCAUUUGGCGUUUUCACACUAGCCGACACGACACCGGCACGAUCACGGCACGACAACCACACCGACACGAUAUAUCGGCGGGUAUUUUCACAUUUACCGACAGUGUCGUAGUGAGCGCCGAGAGAUUAUUGCAGAUAUGGCCGUUGGUAACUUGUAUUUGCUAUAUUUGAUGCAUUUAAGACGCAAAAAGAGACGCCAGCAAAGGAGAUUCUGGGUACAUCCAAUUAUAAAAGUUCGCUACUUAGAGCACGUAUUACACUCUUUUUGAAAAGCUAGCUAAUGAUCCUGAGAAAUUUUUUAAUUACUUUCGAAUGAGUCAUGAAACAUUUAACUAUGUGCUGAAUAAGUUAAUUGAUGGAAUCAAAAAACCGGAUACGCGAUUUAGAAUGGCUAUACCGCCUGAAGAAAUGCUAGCUGUAACAAUAAGAUAUUUAGCCUCAGGAUGUACGUUGACCGAAUUACAUUAUACCUAUCGAAUUGGGAUAUCAACGUUAAGUCAGAUCAUAAAUUUAACAUGUCGCCAAAUAUGGGACAUAUUCAGGUCAUCAUUCCUUAAAGAAAUGACGAAAGAAGAUUGGACACUGGUCGCCAAUAAAUUCGAGAAAACAGCGCAUUUUCCUAUGUGUCUCGGGGCCAUUGAUGGGAAACAUAUUCGAAUAGAAAAUUUCCCUAAUGCAGGAGCAAUGAAUUUCAAUUAUAAGAAGUUCUACUCAAUAGUUCUGUUGGCAACAGCCGAUGCAGACUACAAGUUCCUGUUCGUCGACAUUGGAGCAUACGGAAAAGACUGCGAUUCAUCUAUUCUACAAGGCACUGAAUUUUGGAGAAGGCUAAUAAGUUCAGAACUGGAUCUUCCAGAUGCGAAGCCAAUUACACCUACAAUGGGCUUAAAAGUGCCUUAUGUUUUUAUUGCCGAUAACGCAUUUUCCAUGAAUGAGCACAUCCUAAAGGAUUUUUCCAACCAUAAUUUAAGCAUCAAACAACAUUACAUAGAGCUCGGCGAUAUGUCGAAUGUGCAUUCGGAAUACUAA